ACGUCCAACUCUUCAAUAUUCCAGACUUCGUUUUUUUAUCUUCCUUGGAUGGGAAGAGGAAAAGCUUUUGAACGCUUCAUUUCUCUUUGAUAUAUGUAGUCAAUUUCGGUAAACCAUGUAAAAUCUAUGUAUCUUCUGUAUGUUAUUCUGAAUCUCAGUUAUACAUUCUUUUAUCUGCCCUGUCUACUUAACAGUGAUUGCAAGAAAACAGACUAAAAAUGGCAACAGUAACGGUGCCUCCAACAAUACCUCAGCCCACUCAAGAUUGCCAACAAUUACGCAAUGCAUUUUCACUUGGUCGUGGGGGUACAGAUGAAAGGAAGGUAAUUGAGAUACUUGCCCACAGAAAGGGGGAGAAUCGCAAAGACAUCUGCCACACAUAUGUAAUGCUAUACAAGGAAGAUCUUAAACAGAGAAUGAGAUUGGAGCUCACCAAAGAUCUUGAGAGAAGUAUAGUGUGGUGGAUGACUGAUCCAGUAGAACUGGAUGCACAGCUUGCGCGAGAAGCACUUCGGAGCUGGAGCACAGAUUACAGAGUUAUCAUAGAAACUGCAUGCUGCCAGUCCACAGAAGAACUCCUUAAUGUCAGAAAAGAAUAUCAAGCUUUGUACAAUCAAUCACUAGAAGAAGAUAUCGCUUGGGAGACAAAUGGAGGAACCCAAAAGCUUCUUGUGGCAUUGGCAACGGCAUACAGAUACACUGGCCCAGUGGUUAACAUGACCGUUGCAAAACUCGAAGCAGAGCAACUUUAUGGGGGUGGAGAAGGCAAAACAGAUGGAAUUGACGAGGACCUGUUCGUCAGAAUUUUGGGGACCAGAAGUUUUGGUCACCUUAAUGCUGUAUUCGACCAUUACAAAGAAUUAUACGGCCACGACAUUAAUAAGGGAUUGAAAGAGAAGCAUGCAGGAGAGAUGGGGGCUGUCAUAAGAACCACAAUAAAAUGCAUCAAUCGUCCUGCAAGAUAUUUUGCUAAGGUUUUGAAUCUAUGUUUGAAAGGCCUUCAGGAAGGAAGGAGAAGCGAAGAGAAGAGUCUAACAAGGAUUGUUGUGACACGAGCUGAGAUUGAUAUGCAGCGAAUCAAGGCUGAAUUUAUUGGCAAGUAUGGAAGGCCUUUGGAAAAUGCAAUUAAGGAUGCCACAGUUGGAAAUCACAGGAGUUUUCUGCUUCAUCUCAUUGGCUCCGAGGAUGACAUUUAAGUUAGGGAAUACCAUUUUAUGCAAGCUUAUUAUACAUAUUGAUCUAGUUUAAUGGUAGAAAUCAUUAGGUCAUUUCCGUUACCAUCCAAACUGACCAAGAACCCAACUUAAAAUUAGGUUACAUUUUACUUGACAUUAGUCACAUUUCAAGUGUGCCAUAUUUUCUUGGUGGCUGCCUUGUGGAAAAAAAACUGCUGUUUUGAUCAUCUCAUAAACAGAUCAUUUUGUUUGCUGAUUAGAUUAUUGUAAUGGUCAAAUUUGCAUUUUUAUGUUA